AUGCAAGAUUUAUACUAUUUUAACAUCACUGCAUCAGCGACUAUUGUAUUAUUUGCCGCAUUCAUUCUAGUUGUGUUUCAAAGUAUCGCUUGGACAUUCCUUGUAGUUAUUAUUUAUGGCAUCACCAGUUUUUACACUGUACAAUUUUUACAAAUCAUUGACAGUUUGUUGACAAGAUUUAAUAUCACAAGUGACACAUUUAUUACAAAAGCUAAACAGGAUCUAUGUACUGUUUGUAGUAAUGUCUGCAAAAGACAUAAGUUAUUGCCACAUUCAACAAAAGUCAAAGUACCAAAGGAUUUUGAUCAUGCUUUAGAGCAGCUUUUGGAGGAGAUACUGCAGAUUUAUGUCUGUACAUGGUAUUCAGAUUUUUCAACAAAUGAAGCUUUUAUACAACAACUGCGUUUGGCUAUAACAACAGCAGCAAAAAACAUUGCUGACAGAUUACUACGUGCAGAUACAGCAACCAUCAUUUUCCAUGAUCUGAUUCCUUUAGCCAUACAACAUGCCCGCGAUUGGAAUAUGCUCAACAAAAAGUCAAAAUCUGAAGUUAGGAUGCCUCAGGAUUAUAUUGGAAGUUAUUUAGGUUCUAAGAUUCAUCCAGCUGCUUAUUCGAGGAAAGCUGAGCUGAAUUAUUUGCGAGGAUUAGUUACUGCACUCUUGCCACAUUUAUUACCUGCUAUACAUAUUUCAACAAAUAACAAAAUAAUACUACGUGAAAUCUUGUCAAAUUGGGUGCUGUUACCAGCGAUUGAUGCACUUGCAGAUCCAGAAAAUAUAAAUAUGUUGGUGACAUUAUCCACUCACCGUGAUACUUCUUUGUCAGAUGCUGCUGAAACUAUUAAUGUACCGAUGCUGCAAUCUUGGGUUACAAUUCCAGUAAUGCAUCCACACAUUACACAGAGUUGCUUCAAACAAUCUCUAGAUGAAAUCUUGAACAAUCCUGAACUGUUGUACAUGUUCAUGCAACAUAUUAAAGAAACAGGACCUAUGAAUCUUCUUCAAUUUUGUUUAGAUAUUGAUGAUCUCAGCAAACGUAUGUUAAAUCCAGAAAUGUCGACUAAUGCUGAGGAAAAUUUAUAUAUAGACGUUCAAACCAUGUAUGCAGUAUAUCUUGAUCCUGAUGGUCCUGAAUACCUGUAUUUACCAUUGCAUAUAUCAAAAGGCAUACAACAGAUAUUAGAAGGCGGACCGGAGAAAAUUCAAGAAUUACGGACUUCGCGACCUUUUUACCAAGCUCAUCAAGAAGCACAUGCGCUUUUAGAGAGUACCUGUUUACCAUCAUUCCAUCAUAGCUAUCAAUUAUACAAAUACUUGUGUGGCCAUUUGGUGUCUGAACAGGCAAAAACCACUGCAAUCAACGCGAGCGGAAGUAUAUGCACUCCCAUACGAUUCAGCAAUCAACUCGGCAAGAUCGAUGGCGUUGUACGCACGUCGACGAUGGACGGCGGCCCGUUUCAGUUGCAGGAUGCCUAUCCGGUCGAAGAAGUGGAUUGCACGGCCCGAGCAUACAAUGAAAUUAAAGGUUUCGGUGACAAAAGCCAUCGCGAUUUAACGGCGUGGCGAGUCGCUAUUCCACAUGUGGAUGGUAGUGGCGCGCAACCGGUGUACACGAUUGCAGUUCAUAGCGUAGCAGAAGCCAAGUCAUGGGUGGUUCGGCGGCAGGAUCAAGACUUCUACACGCUGCGAACGCGACUUACUGAGUUCCACGGCGACAAAGAGUUGAAUGAUUCGCCGUUGCCGUCGCGCAAAAAUCCCCACUUGUCUCUCACUACUAAUCGACAACGUUACGAGGAAUUUCUGCAGAAGUUGCUAUCCAAACCGAUGUUGCGGAGCAGCGAACUCUUGUACACCUUCCUCACAACGCCAAACUUGAAGCCUUAUUACGCUAAUUACAGCACACCUGACAUCGGCAUUCUCUAUCAGAGCAUGGCUUAUAAAUUGCGCAAGGAAAAAGGACAGCACCUCGACAAGUUCAUGAGCACCUUCCUGGCGUCCACAAAUACCAAGUAUGAGCACAUGGACAUGGGCGUCGAGCCAUCGAGUGAACACAAUCUCAGCGAGGCGGAGAACAGAGAUAGGAGGCUGUUGGACGGGGUGUUUGGCAAUAAUCUGAAUUUACCGGUGGCUUUCCAGAAUUUCCCUUGCAGCCUACCGCAGCGUGAUCACAUGAAAGGUGCCAGCCUGUGCAUCGUGGAAGCCGUUGACGGUCUACUAAAUGUACCUCCUGUGAUAUUGCAACUCUUUUGGAUAUUUGGCUCGCUGUCGUGCAAAAGGUUGGACCCUGUGGUGAACACGAUGUUCUACAAUGUGCUGGUGAAACUUCUGAGUGGCGGCCGCGCUGCCAUUGUCGUCAAGCUCUUGCACGCGAAGGUAGUCGGUGAUAAGAGCUACAUAAAAGACUUCUCCUCGCAAGAGAAGGAUUAUUAUGACACCGCCAAGGAAGGACUACAUUCCUUGUUACCGUGGUGGCUAAUUGGGGUAUCGAAGCCUUGGAGUAAGCUGAUGGAUUCUCUCCUGGAUCCUUUGCAGAACGCGCCGUUCAACAAGCAUCUGGCAUAUUUUCUGUUGGAUCACCUCUUGGUGAAUUUAUUCCCCGAACUGACAGCGUAGUAUAUUAGAUUAUAAAAAAAUCAAUGUGUAUAAUGCAAUUUACUUAGUUUUAAAUAAAAGUUCCUAUUGAG